GGGUGCAGGCCAGACCUAGUCUCAACACUCAGUCCAUAAGGAUUUUAACGGGAUGGACAACAUUUACCACCGGGACAACAUCCGGCCGACGAUCGAGCAGCUGGACCCAAUGACACAGUUCAUUCGCAGCAUCUACAACAUUGGCAUGAUCAUCACCGGACUUACGGUGGGCGCAUGGAUUCUGCUUAUGCUGACCAAUAUUCGCCUGCACAGGUUCCUUCCGUUUCCCAGCUACGUCCUGGCCCUAAUCAUUUUUCUGGUGAUGAUAUGCAUGCAUUGCAUCCCGAGAAUAUCCUACUACUCUCCCUGCAAGUGGUUCAUGACGGGUCUGGUGGUUGUGUGUACCACCUUGUUUGGCUGCCAUCUCAUUGACGAUUUGAGCCCGCUCACUAUUAGUUUCGUGAUGAUCGGCGUGGCCCUGAUCAUUCUGUUUCUCAACUUCUCAGGGGCCAUGUGCCCGCAGGAGUUCCUGCCCGGCGGUGUUUGCUCCACGCUGCUGAUGAUGGCACUGCUGUUGGUCUUGGCCAUUGUGGGAAUCGUCCAGCUCUGCACCGGGAGUGUUGAGCUGCUCGACACCUUCGUCAGCAUUCUGUUCCUGAUGCUGAUCAUAGCGAUUCCCAUUCAGGCGCAAUUCAACCACGGCCGUCUGGACGUCGUGGAAGUGGUUCCCGAAGAGCACCUCAUGGUCUGCACCCUGACCUUAUACUUGCACUCAAUGAUGUUCUUCUUCUGCGUGUGCUACUUCAUCCUGGUCGACGAGAGAAAGGAGGCCAUUAGACGAACAUCUGAAGGGCCGAAAAUUUCACUCGAAAAUGAUUUUGAUUGAGAGAAAUCGCUGUCACUGUGUGAUCGAAACUGAUUAGCGAUCUGGCAAGUCACUACGGAGCUCUAGACCAAAGGAUACUGUCAUCCAGUCUAAUCAUCUAGCGCGGUGUA